AUGCAAGUGUCUGAUUCCGAAGUGAAGCAGAAAAUGGCAAGAUAUACUGAUGUAAGAAAAAAGCGAAGCCCUCCAUGGUCAGUGUGGGUGCUAAAGUGCUGCUGCAGCAAAAACAGCAACACAAACUUUCCACUCGUUGAAUGUCGUCCGUACACUGUUAUCGCAAGACGAGGUAGAAGUGUUAUUUUACAGCAGGGUGAUGAAACUCCAAUAAUGCGCAAUGUCUCUCUGGUCCAAAACAUUCCGAAUGAGGCAAAUAGUGAACAGGAAUACGUCCACUUCAGCGAAGGAAGUACACAGGAAGCACUGUUCAUCACAGAAAACUAUGGUUCUGAAGAUGGUAUAUCAGAAAUUGGUGAUGGUCCAAUGAUGUUGAAGUUGUUGAAGCCCCAAUUAGGCCGGCUGGGCAAUUUAGACCGCUUUUAUAUUUGA